AUGCUUGCAAGGACUGACGGUGCGCCGGAGCGGAUUCCCGCACCGCCGAUGCGCCUUGCAGAUGCAGAGCUCGAAAAGGACCGUGCGCGGUCCAUCGCCGACGCCGAGGCACGGGGGGAUGCGCCGUGGCAGACACAGAACGUCGACGACGAUGUGAAUGGGUACUAUGCAUCGCAUCCGAAACGCAAACGCAAGCAAAGGCCCGCCGUAUCGCCUGUCACACUGUCGAUGAACUUGGAUGCGGACUACGACCCUGCCAUCCCCAACGAGUACGCGGUAUAUAUUGCAUUGGUCAAGGAUCGCCGGCGGCGGCGUAGUGAGUGGCAGCAGUGGGCGCAUGAGGACGAGGAGGACGAGCGUCCUGAGCGCUUGCGAAAGUUUGCGCCGCCGCCGUCGUAUGGAGUGCCUUCGUCAAGUAUACCGAUGGUGGACGUGGACGACGCUGUGGGCGCGCCUCUCGGCCCUCCGCCCGUGCCGCAUGCACCAGGCCCCCCGCCACCCGGCCCUCCGCCUGUGCCGCCGAACCGCCUCGCUCCGCCAGGCCCCCCACCGCCCCGCCCACCCAGCAUGACCGACGCGCCAACCCCCAAUGUGCUGGACAAGAAGAAGCAAGCUGCCGCAGCUAUUGCGGCCGCGUUUUCGCAGCCCAAGCGCGCCGUACCUGCGCCGUACCGCCCCCCUCCGCCUGACGACCAUACCCCGGAUCCGACCAAGUUUGCCGAGCGCCUCAUGGAGCGGUACGGGUACAAGCAAGGCGAAGGUCUCGGUGCCGACGGCAACAAAGGCAUGGUCCGCCCCCUCGAAGCCCGUGCGACCAAGCGAGGUGCGGCGCGCGGCACGAUUGUGAAUCGCAAUCCCGACGAGGCCCAUGCGCAGGCUCGUGCGCAAUUUGGCGAGCCAAGCGAGGUGAUUGUCCUUGACCACGUCCUGGACACGGAGGCGGACAUUACCCGCGAUACCCCCCAGGAAAUCGCCCAACUAUGUGAAGAGCAUGGCUAUGUCGACCGGGUGGUGCUGCACCCCACGUCCUCUGGCGUACGCGCCCUUGUGCAGUUCACCGGCAUGGCAGGAGCGUACCGUACCGUACGUGCUCUCGACCAGCACGUCUUCCGCGGACGUCCGAUCCGCAGCAAGUACUACCCUGCCCCCCAGUUUGCCGUAGGUGAAUAUGCUCUGGAUUAA